AAAAAAAAACAUACAAUGGCAGCUAAAUUCGUCAUCUUCGCUUGCGCAUUAGCCGCAGCUCAUGCUGGAUACUUACAAUCCCCAGCUUUAGCUACAUCAUACUCAAGCCAAUCACUCCAACAACAACAUGGUCCAUCAUUGGCUUACGCUCAACCAGCCUAUGGUUAUGCCGCACAUGCUGCCCCAGUCGCAUAUGCCGCCCACGCCGCUCCAUUGGCUUAUGCCGCACCAGCAGUUAAAGCUAUCGCCGCUCCAGCUGUAGCCACAUCAUACUCUUCAAUCUCCCAAGCUGCCCCAUCUUUAGUCAAAGCUGUUGCUCCAGCUGUAGCCUACGCUCAACCAGCCUACGGUUAUGCCGCACAUGCUGCCCCAGUCGCAUAUGCUGCUCAUGCCGCUCCAUUAGCUUAUGCCGCACCAGCAGUUAAAGCUAUCGCCGCCCCAGCUGUAGCCACAUCAUACUCUUCAAUCUCCCAAGCUGCCCCAUCUUUAGUCAAAGCUGUUGCUCCAGCUGUAGCCUACGCUCAACCAGCCUACGCUCAUGCUUCUCCAGUAGCCUAUGCUGCCCAUGCUGCUCCAUUAGCCUACGCCGCACCACACGUUAAAGCUAUUGCUCCAGCUGCCACCUCAUACUCAACAUCUUCAAUCUCCCACUCAGCUCCAGCUCUUGCCUACGCCGCACAUGCUGCUCCAGUAGCCUAUGCCGCCCAUGCUGCUCCAUUAGCCUAUGCCGCACCAGCCGUUAAAGCUAUUGCCGCCCCAGCCGUAGCCUCAUCAUACUCAACAUCUUCAAUCUCCCACUCAGCUCCAGCUCUUGCCUACGCCGCCCAUGCUGCUCCAUUAGCUUACGCUGCUGCCCCAGCAUACGGUUACGCUCAUUAAGUUUAUCUUUAGUGUAAAUAGAAUUUUAUUUAUAUUUUCAUAAAAAUU